AAAGGCAAAUAAUUCAAGUCGUCAUCGAUUGUGGGCAAAAAUUUGAUUUAAAAUGCCCAGGUGAUACAUUGUCCAACUCAGAAACGAAAGGAGCCGCCACCAUGGAGGUUCUUUAUAAACUGGUGGUGCUCUGUGCACUGCUAUUCACCGCAACGACCCAUGCGACAGCUGAAGCUGUUCAAUCGAAUGAUAUCAGCAAUAGACUAAGUAUACAAAAUUUGCUUUUCGAUGCCAUUGUUGGAGACCUGCAAAUGCCCGAAUUGGGUGCCAUUAACAGCUUGGACCAAUGUGCGGCCAUUUACACGGUCAAAAAUGUUGAGAUAUUAAUGAAUGCGGGCAGCAAACUGCGUCAAUGCAGCAAUCUGGAUCAAGCCGACCUGCAGAGCUAUUUGCAACAGGAGAGCUCAGCAGGAGUGAAGGAUGCCUUCCAGCAGCAGAUUAUCGGCUGCAGCAUGCGCAACUGCUAUGCGGAUUCGGUCAUGAAUCUGUUUGGUGAUGUGCGUCCCAUGCAUAAAAAUUUCUGGCAGACCCAACGUUGUGUUACCCACGAAAUUAAGAGAACUCUGCGUGAACUGGAGAAGUCAUCUGUUGGCCUGGAAAAUUGCAUUUCUCAGGCUUUUGGACCCACUGGAAAUUCAAGCUCAAGCCCACCAAGCUGGAACUGGACAACUCCAAGCCCACCAAGCUGGAACUGGACAACUCCAAGCCCACCAAGCUGGAACUGGACAACCCCGGGCACCCCAAGCUGGAACUGGACAACCCCGGGCACCCCAAGCUGGAACUGGACCACAACAGGCCCACCAAACUGGAACUGGACAACCCCGGGCACCCCAAGCUGGAACUGGACAACCCCGGGCACCCCAAGCUGGAACUGGACCACAACAGGCCCACCAAACUGGAACUGGACAACCCCGGGCACCCCAAGCUGGAACUGGACAACCCCGGGCACCCCAAGCUGGAACUGGACCACAACAGGCCCACCAAACUGGAACUGGACAACCCCUGGCACCCCAAGCUGGAACUGGACAACCCCGGGCACCCCAAGCUGGAACUGGACAACCCCAGGCACCCCAAGCUGGAACUGGACAACCACGGGAAACCCAAACUGGAACUGGACAACCACCGGAAACCCAAACUGGAACUGGACAACCACGGGCACCCCAAGCUGGAACUGGACAACCCCGGGCACCCCAAGCUGGAACUGGACCACCACAGCACCACCAAACUGGAACUGGACAACCACUGGUAAUCCGAACUGGAACUGGACCACAACUGAGCCACCAAGCUGGAACUGGACCACAACAGCCCCACCUAACUGGAACUGGACAACCACAGGUAAUCCAAACUGGAACUGGACCACAACAGAGCCACCAAGCUGGAACUGGACCACCACAGCACCUCCAAACUGGAACUGGACAACCACAGGUAAUCCAAACUGGAACUGGACCACAACAGAGCCACCAAGCUGGAACUGGACAACCACGGGCAACCCAAACUGGAACUGGACAACCCCGGGCACCCCAAGCUGGAACUGGACCACUACAGAGCCACCUAGCUGGAAUUGGACCACCACAGCCCCACCAAACUGGAACUGGACAACCACGGGAAACCCAAACUGGAACUUGACAUCCACAGGAAACCCAAACUGGAACUGGACAACAACGGGCAACCCAAACUGGAACUGGACAACCACAGGCAACCCAAACUGGAACUGGACCACCACGGGCAAUCCAAACUGGAACUGGACAACUACGGGAAACCCAAUCUGGAACUGGACAACUACGGGAAACCCAAGCUGGAACUGGACCACCACGGGCAACCCAAGCUGGAACUGGACCACCACGGGCAACCCAAGCUGGAACUGGACCACUACGGGCAACCCAAGCUGGAACUGGACCACCACGGGCAAUCCAAACUGGAACUGGACAACUACGGGAAACCCAAGCUGGAACUGGACAACUACAAGCCCACCAAGCUGGAACCGGACAACUUUGGGCCCCAAUUGGAAUAGGACGAGUCCCGCACCCGAAUGGAAUAACACUACGCCCAGCUGGAGUGUGACCACUGAGGCACCGGCUGCUACCACAACCCUAGGCUGGUGGGACAAGCUUUUGCAUGAUCUUGGACUCUAAAUGAUGCCAUUAGGGGCCGUUGAUGUCACGGCAACACUUUUAACUUAAAUAUUCAGCAAACUAAAUAAUAAAUUGAUCAGCAUUGAAAUGUGUUUACUCGAUAA